AAUUUCUUCAUUUAUAUAAAGCGAAACAGUGGAAGAAGAAACCAGUUGGUGACCAUAGUUCUAUAUCUCCGGCGGGCGAAUUCUUCUCUCAAAUCUGCAGUACCCUCUAAUAUCACUCACCAGAAAUUCAUAUAAAGAAAAUGGCUUUAGGUGGAACAGCUCCCCCAAGAGGAAGUGCAGCUGCUACUGCAAACAUGAGGAGGAGGAGAACAGCCGGUGGUGGGGCCUCUGGAGGAGCAGCUGGAACUAUGCUCCAAUUUUACACUGAUGAUGCCCCUGGACUCAAGAUCUCCCCAAAUGUGGUUCUUGUAAUGAGCAUUGGCUUUAUAGCAUUUGUUGCUAUCCUUCAUGUGAUGGGAAAGCUGUACUUUGUGCGUAGGGAGGCUUAGAAGAGAAAAGAUUUAGGUCGAUUUUUGGAUAUUUAAUACACAGUCUCUCUUAUGAAACAGUCUCAGAACUUUUCCUUGCUUUUGUAUUUUGGUACAUUCCUUCGUUAUUUUUAAAGGUAAAAACAGUUUAAAUA